AUGAAGACAUUGGCUGCAGUCCUAAUUUGCCUGGGAGUCCUUUGGGCUCAGACUUCUGCACUGGACACCUUUGUCCUGCGGGAUCCUGUCAGCAAUUAUGUCACUGGGACCAUGACCAUCCACAGCGAGGAGCACAUCGUCGAUGUCCACGUCCGCUCUGGCGUGUACUCCUCAGACACCAUUUUUGACUACACACACGGCUAUAUUGCAACCAGGCUAUUCUCACGAAACGCCUGCUUUAUCAUGAAAAUAAAGAAGGACUUGAUCCCAGAGCUGCAGGAGAUGGGACGUUUGGCUUUUGAGAGACAGACCAUGAAGGAUGUGUACUCCCCAAACAACGUGUGGGCCCAGUUCCAGAGUGGCUCCUCCUGGCUGGGGCGUUUGAAGGACUGGAUCCUGUAUGGGAAGCACAUUGAGAAGCUCUGCACGGGGCUCCCUCUCUACCAGCUGGUGGCCACCCAACCACCAAUGAAUGUUGAUGGCUGUGCCAGUGCCGGGAUUCCAAGCAUUUUGGGCCUUAAAAUCUGUGAAGAACUCAUUACAACUGGAUCUUGA